AUGGCACACGAGGAGGAGGUUCCGUCUGAACUCAGUGUGGAUGAGCUUCGCGACCAACUGGAUACGCUGUGGGAGAAACACCUCGCCCUCUUGAACUCAUAUCACCAAGCCCAACAACAGAUUGCCCGUCAUUUCUCCUCGGGCUUCUUCGAUCUCGCUCAAGCUACUUUCAAGUCGACUACUCGUGUUCGUUAUGGCCAGGAGUACUAUGACGACCGUAUGCAGGCAACCACUUGCUUCCAUGCUUCCGUCGAUGCCAACGACACUCCACGUUUCGCCCUGAAAAUCAACGAUACGACAGCAACGACCAAGGAUUCGCACAAAGGCGCGAGUAACAAGUCGGAUGUAGAGACCGGAGAUACGCAAGAAGAUACACCUACUCAACAGCCCACACCACCGUCAACACCCCUGCGGGAGUCUGGAGAGAAGGAGACCAAGGAACAUAGCCAGAAAGAGAAUUCUGAGACGGCAGACGACAAAGGAGCAACACCAAAGAAACCUCGCGACCCACUUCACUGGUACGGCAUCUUGGUACCUCCUUCUUUGCGUUCGUCUCAAAAGUCCUUCCAAUUUGCCAUCAACGACCCUGUCGUAGACGCUGUCAAUUCGGCACAAGCUCUUCGUCGCAUCGACAUGGAGAUUCGCAAACUGCGCAAAGACAUCAAAAAGGCUGAGAAACGUGUCGCAUAA